CUUUCAUUCCAGGAAUCUUUUUCUUGUCCGGAUUUUUACCGUUAAAAGUUCAUCAGAAGGACAGGACCAUACCAACCCUGUUGGUCUCAUCCAGAGACAUCUCUGUACUAACUUCUAGUCGAGAUCAGUUCUACUGUUGUAUCUGUCGAUUGCAGUAACAUGUCCUCUGAGGGGGCGGUGCCAGCAGCAGAACCCAGGUCACAUCGCCUCUCCGCCUGGUUUGACCCUGAAACUGCUGCGGUGGUGACCAUCCUGUUGGGGCUGGUCCAGGUGCUGCUGUCUGUCCCGCUCGCUUACACUGACCCAACUCUGCCAGAGCUCUUCAUACUGCCACUUGUCUUAGGAAUUGUAAUUGUGGCAGGAGGAUCAUUCACCAUGGCCAAUGAGAGGAACCCCAGCAGAUUACUGCUUCAAGGUUGUGCGUGCAGUAAUGUGGUUGGCCUGCUGGGGGCGCUGCUUGCCUUCUGCUUCUACUGCUACAGCUUGAGCACUGUGCACCAAGAAGAGCUGUGUGCGCCCAUUUCUUUUGACCGAUACGGACAUUCAAGUGAUGGCUGUCCCCUGGAGCUCCUGACGGCCUACUUCUGGAGUUUGACCCUGCUGCUGCUGCUGUACGACACUGGGGCUGUGGUCCUGCACUGCCUCCUGUCUGUCUCUGCCCUCAAAGCCCUCAAAACAGACUAAUACACACACACACACACACACACACACACACACACACACACAGGAAACACACAUGUUGUACGUGUUGAAUUACUCAUUAGCAGUAGAAUUGAAAAACACUUGUUACAGAUUUUUAAAAGUGUCGAUCCUGCAGAUUUCUCUUUUAGUGGAUUUGGUGACACAGUUUUCAUAAAGUUGAUCAAUGGAGUUCUAUUCACACCAACAUGUGUCCUGACAUCAUAGAGUGUAACAACAGUGGCAGGCAGGAAAUAAGUUCUUAGCACAGAAUUAAAUAGCCAGUAAAUAAGUGAUGAAAUAUUUAAAGCAGAAAUAAAAAGAAAAGAAAUGGAUUUAAUUGAUUUAACCACCAACAACCAAACAAGCUUUAAAAAAUGGAUUAUUUGAACACAGCCUACCAUGGCAUAAGUGAGAUAAGACAUGAAAAUAAUGUUAUUUUUAUAUCAUCACUGAUAUUAGAGCAAGACUGCUAGCCGAUAAAUCGGUAUAUAUGUGGUCUGAUCAGUAACUGUAAAUGUUAGUACAGAAAUGCUAAAGUAGGUUUGAGGUCAAACAGUUCGUCCACCAGAGAGCGCUGGCACGUCCCAAUCAGUAUACGUCUAAAACAAAUUCAUGAAUUCAUAAAUGAUGACUAUGUUAUGUGUUUAUGUUUAACAAAAAUAUUGUAGCCCAAUAUAUAAAUAAUUAUUUUAUUUAUUUAGUCUUUGCGACUCAACCGUGCGAUGAGGUCAGUAGAAGCCUGGAGCAGAAUGUGUUUUCCAGUAGUCGCACUAUUUAAAGAAUUCUUUGACAUUUUGGGAAAUAUGCAUAUUUUCUUUCUUAUUGAGAGUGAGAUGAGGAGACUGAUACCACUCUCAUGUCUCUACCUGUAAAUAUGGAGUCGGAGCCAGGAGGCAAUUAGCUUAGCUUAGCAUAAAGACUAGAAGCAGAGGGAAACAGCUAGCCUAAAAAUACCUACCAACACCUCUCAAGCUCAGUUAACAUGUUGACUCCCCCUAAAACCACACAUUGUUGUUACAUGUCUGUUUGUGUAUGAAUGAAACAAACAAAAUACAACUAGCUGUUUCCACCUUCUUCCAGUCUUUAUGCUAAGCUAAGCUUCUGGCUCCAUCACCGUACUUAACCCACAAACAUGACAGUGGUAUCAAUCACUCUCAGCAGGAAAGUUCGAGGCGUUCAAGGGAAAGUCUGUCAGUUUGGUCAAGUAGCCCCUGUAGCACUCUCCUCAUUCACCUGGAUUUCAUUACUGUAUGUGGAACUUUGGUCAGCUAGUUUUCUCUAGUGUCCUAGUGGCUAGUGGUUCCCAACCUGGGCAUCAGGACCCCACAAGUAUUUCUGUUAAUACUUCUGUUGACGUUUCGCUAUCUUUUCUGUGGGCCACAUAUCCCUUACCUGAUCAUCGCUCCAGCUCUUUGGAGCUCAGGUGAGACAGUCGGAAACUGGAACCAUUGAAUGACGAUUUCAAGAGAAAACAAAAACUUAUUACGAUUGCCGUCUUGUUUAUUUAGAAAAAACAUUCUGGCUACACUGCCAGCCCACAUAGCCAUGACAAACAUACCUCAGCAGGGAGCCAUAGCUGGCAUGGUGGUUAAAGGCAAGCAGCCUUAAAUAUAUCUACUAAAUACAAUUUUUGUGAAAGAUUGUGCACCAUGUUUUCCCUAAACCUCCAUCGUAUUUGUGAGAGCCUUAAUAAUGAGGAGCCCUGCUGAUGUGAAUGUAAACUUGGAUGUGGCUGGGCCUGGAGUACUACACACACACAACACAUUCAUUUUUGCAGCUCUAAAGCUAAACUAAGCAUUUUUUGCCAUUUGGGGGCAGAAAAAUUCACUAACAAGCUGACAAAUCCACAGCCUGACAUAUUAUUGCCUUAGAAAGUCGCUAUUGUAUUUGUUGGCACAAAUACAUAUUUACAUUUCCAACUGAUUCAAAGCAAAAGUAGCAUUCAGUCCAAUAUUCACUCUCUUUUAGCUCUGGUUUGGUCUCUAUCAACUCCUGAGAAAAGUAUCUGGCUCUUUAGCUGCUCGAUGUUUGACUUUAUUCAGCAGCCAGUCUCUAACAGUGUGUUUUUGCCAUCUGAUGCUGGACAGACUGUGUACAGUUGCUUUAUGGUUCAGUGUUUGUUAAAAAAAGCUGCCUGCUGGAAACAGCUGAGAAGAGCAGUAACCACAGAGUGCAUUUAGAACCAAACAAUGGAACUAAAACUAAGAGGCGAAAAUGAGAUAUUAUACAUCCUGUGGUAGAAGAAGAAACCCAGAUUAUUGGCGCUUCAAGCCAGGAUUCCAGUAGAAAUGUACAGUAAACGAAGGUUUUGCCAACUGACUUGUAAACACACAAUUCCUGCUAUGAUAGCGCUCUGCUAGCUACUACCUAAUAGCUAACGGUCAAGUGUGGUUUUUAUAUGAUGGGCACGGCUAAUUAUGUAUGAUUGGAUAAAUGUAUGUUUACGCCUUUAAUCACAGAUUGAGUCAUCCAAAUGAUUUGAAUGUUUUACAGGAAAAGAGAGGGAUUUUGAUAUAAAAACACAAAUAUAUUUGGCAUGUAGCCUACCUGUAGAGAUAAACAACUGAGGGACGCAGGAUUAGAACUUGGAAAAUGUAUUUUCAAUAUCACUGUGUCUUUAAAUCAAUCUCUUGGUCUGGAGUUGGAAUGCUUAGGACCAAAUUCAGAGACCAUAUGUCUGAUAUAUACUUAAAGUGACUGGUUAACCUUUUCAGGGCAGGAAAUAUGAAUAUGUGACAAAAUGACAAAAGUGUAUCACUGUAAAUAUAACAGAUAUAUAUAUAACAGAAUCUAUCAUCACACUUGCUCUUCAUGAAUCUGUGCAUAUUGUUUUACCCAUAGCAGAUGUACUGAAACACUUCAGUUUGGGGAAAUCGACGUUACCUGAUGUAACUGCAGUUUUAUGAGAAUGCGCACAGCC